ACCAGGUAACAAUUCUUUGUUCUUUUCGCCUUAAGCAAUAAUCUUCUAUCUCAGUCAAAGAAAAUGCUCCAUUUGAAUUGCAUAAGACUGCAAUUAAGGCGCAAAGCUUUUACAAUCGGCCAUGACCACUUGUUUUCAACCUCCUCUCUUAAACCCAUCUCAGAACUCUAUAAUUCCAAGGACCCACAAUCUCCGGCAGUCUCCUUCCUCCAAGACUCCUGUGGGUUGUCCUUGGAAUCAGCCAUUUCAGCUUCAAAGAAGUUCAACAUUGAGAACAUAGAGAAUCCCAACUUAGUUCUGCAUCUUUUGAGGAAUCACGGAUUAACGCAGACCCACAUUAGAAACUUAAUAAGCCGUCGUCCACUAUUGCUUCUAGCUGACUUGGACAAUACCCUUAAGCCCAACAUCGACUUGUUUGAGUCCUUGGGGUUUUCCGGCACUAACCUUGCCAAGAUGCUUUGCACACACCCCCGUGUGCUAGAAAGUGAUGCACACUCUGUGGUUCAGCUUUUUAGAGCUCAUGGUUUCAGUGAUAAGCAAAUAUCAACUAUGACCAUGAAGCGUCCCAAAAUGUUUUUGUCUAAUGCACACGAUAUCUUUAAGCCAAAGUUGGAAUUUUUCAAAUCGAUGGGAUUGUCAGAUCUGGAAGUUGCGAAACUUUUAUCCAUAGCGCCUUAUGUUCUAGAAAGGAGCCUCGAAAACCAAAUCAUUCCAUGUGUUCAAGAGCUUAGGCGGAUUCUUGGGACUGACGAGAAUGUAUUACUGGUUACCAAGUCAUGCUACAGGAUACUCGCUGAAUCCACGGUAUUACAUGUGCCACAGGCAAACAUGUCUACGUUGUUAAGCCAUGGUGUUCCCCGGCCAUUGGUUUUGAAGUUGUUUAUUAUUAAACCAAAAUUGAUGCUUUUGAGUAACAAUCACUUUAGUGAGAUUGUUCAUGAAAUAACGAGAUUGGGUUUCAAUCCCAAUAAUCUGCUAUUUGUUCUAGCCAUCGUUUCCAUGGUACAAAAUGGUAAAACACUGUGGGAGCAAAAGGUGGAAGCUCUUAGAAGUUUUGGUUUGUCGAAGGAUGAGAUUUAUUCAGCGUUCAAGUUGCAACCCAUGUGUAUGAAUUCUUCAGAGAAGAAAAUCAAGAAAUUGAUGGAUUUCUUUGUUAACAAACUGAAAAUGAAGCCUUCGAUGAUCUCCAAGAAUCCGAAUCUUCUGCUGCUGAGCUUGGAGAGGCGGAUUAUUCCGAGGUGUUCAGUUAUGCAACUUUUGAUAUCCAAGGGGUUGAUUAAGGAAGAUACCAGCGUUGUUCAUAUGUUCAAAAUGACAGAGAAGAAAUUUGUGGAAAAGUUAGUGAGUAAGUAUCACAAUGAGGUUCCUAAUGUUAUCAGUGCGCACCAAGGCAAGAUAGAAUUUCAAGGGUUCCUUACAGAUUUAAAAAUGUGAGUACUUAUGCGAUCAUCAAAUAAUUGGAGCAAUGCUAAAAGAUCAUGUGUUCACAUGGACUUCGUUAUGUAGCCAGCGGGCUGCUUAACUUUAUCCAAGGAAUGCAAUCAAUGAUUUAAGAGCUUGAUUAGGUUUAAUCCGUUUGCAUUAUUCACUACAUAUAAGGGGCAGAAGCUAGUCAAAAGGUAUUUUGACAUUACUGUCCAGGAAAAUUAAACCCUUUCAUACUCUAAAAGUAUUUGUAGUAUAAUGUUUCUCUAAAAGUAUUUCAAAUGCCAAUGAUUGUAGGA